GAGGCGGACCCGGAGUCGGGGCGUCGCGGAUCCUUGGGAACACACAGCCCCUCCCGGGGGCGGGACCUCUUGGCCGGUUCCCUAGGAGUCGGAGCCCUGGAUCCCACAGCUCUUUCUGCUCCGCCACCCUGACGCUAGUCGAGUCCACUGCCCGGGCCGCGGUGCACGCGGUGCCCAGCGCGGCGCGCCCGGCCAUGUCGUCCUGCACCCGCGUGGCGCUGGUGACCGGGGCCAACAAGGGCAUCGGCUUCGCCGUCACCCGCGAGCUCUGCCGGCGGUUCCCGGGGGACGUGGUGCUCACGGCGCGGGACGAGGCGCGCGGCCGGGCGGCGGUGCAGCAGCUGCAGGCCGAGGGGCUGAGCCCGCGCUUCCACCAGCUGGACGUGGACGACCUGCAGAGCAUCCGCGCGCUGCGCGACUUCCUGCGCAGGGAGUACGGGGGGCUCAACGUGCUGGUCAACAACGCGGGCAUCGCCUUCAAGACGGACGACCCAACGCCCUUCGACAUUCAAGCUGAGCUGACACUGAAGACAAACUUUUUCGCCACUAGAAAUGUCUGCACUGAAUUACUGCCCAUCGUGAAGCCGCACGGGAGAGUGGUGAACAUCAGUAGUUUACAGGGCUCCAAAGCCCUUGAGGACUGCAGCGAAGCCCUGCAGGAGCGCUUCCGGUGUGACACGCUCACGGAGGGGGACUUGGUGGACCUCAUGAAAAAGUUUGUGGAGGAUGUGAAAAAUGAGAUGCAUGGGAAGGAAGGCUGGCCCGACUCAGCCUACGGGGUGUCCAAGCUGGGGGUCACAGUCUUGUCGAGAAUCAUGGCCCGGCAGCUGGAUGAGACUAGAAAGGCCGACAGGAUCCUGCUGAACGCCUGCUGCCCCGGGUGGGUGAAGACAGACAUGGCCGGGGACCAGGGCUCCAGAACCCUGGAGCAGGGCGCCGAGACCCCCGUCUACUUGGCCCUCCUGCCUCCAGAUGCCACUGAGCCCCACGGCCAGCUUGUCCGUGACAAAGUGGUACAGGACUGGUGAACGUCUGCUUUGGGGCUGCACACCUUUUCCGUUAGCGUGUUUACGACACCCAAUCAGUGCAUUCAUCUCGGGGCUGGCCCACUCACAUGCCGCAUCUGGACCCCUGUACCUUGCCUUCCAGAGCUUAGUGCGUAACGAGUGCCAGUGGGAGGAAUAAUGAAUUCUGAUGCUGGAGUUGGACUCUCUUUCUGCUGUGGAGAAGGAACGAACACACAUUAAACUCUCCCCAGGAGGAGGCUGUUCAUUUCCAGGAUCUGCCGCUGAAUGGUCUCGCUGUGCCCAACUCAGAGGGAAAAGUCUCCAAGGGAAAAGGACACACAGGCAUCUCAAAUUGUAGUGGGCAUUCUGAUCUUCUGGAGGGCCGACUGAAACAAACUCCUAGCCGGUCAUGAUGGCGCACACCUGUAAUCCCAGCACUCUGGGAGGCUGAGGCAGGAGGAUCAAAAGUUUGAACCCAGUGUGGA